AGCAGUGUGUACUGUAUGUUUUGUCAUUUGUGGCUUAAGCACCACCACCAUAUCUCACUCUGCCAUGUUUGUCUCUCUUUCUCUCUCUCUCUUUUUCUGCUUUUGCAUGCAUACACACACACUAAAAAAAAAAACCGCCUCGCUCUCUGCGCUCUCUGUAGCUGUUCGCUUUGUCUACUCUCUCUCUCUCUCUCUCAGUACUGCCAAUUUAUAGGGUUUCACUCUUAGUUUCUCUCUUAAAUCUGUUUUUUCAAAACACUUUCUAGAGAGUUCUGCUUUAGAAAGCUCUUUUUUGUUGAUGGAGAUUUCGCUACGUGGUGGGUUUCACUUUCAAAUCGCCGUCGUUUUGAGCCUACUUCUAGUGUAAAAGUCUCUGUCUACGUACUCUAGACCUUUAAAAGCCUAGUCGGCUAGUCCAUCACCACCCGUUUUCGUAUCUCUGUGAAAGAGAGAGAGAGCAAUUUGGCCGAGUUUUUGUCUGUGACUCAUAAAAAGGAAGGAUGAGGAGAGAGUUGAAACUCGCUGUGGCUCUAGCUUCGUUGUUGCUGUUGUUGUUCUUAGCUGCUUUUGUUGUUGUUUCUGGUGUGGAGAACUCAAUAAUCUUCCAAGGAAAAACCAAUAUCAUCAAGCAUCCACAUCGCAAGCUUCUCGCAAUUGUGGAACCAAACCGAAUAUUUGGCGAAAAGUGUACCAAAUCGGACAUUGUGGUGAACCAAGGCCCCACAGCUCCACUGCCUAGCGGCAUUCCCACCUACACAGUUGAGAUAUUGAAUGUCUGCGCUACUAGUUGCAACAUUGCUGCCAUUCACUUGAAGUGUGGAUGGUUCAGCUCAGCCAAGCUUAUCAACCCCAAAGUUUUUAGGAGGCUUGGAUUUAAUGAUUGCCUUGUCAAUGAUGGCAAAUCUUUGGGUGUUGGUGAAUCUCUCUCUUUUCAGUAUGCCAAUACUUUUUCUUACCCAAUGUCGGUCUCUUCAGUAGCAUGUGUUUAGUAAAAAACUAAACACAUUAUAGUUUUUGCUAGCCCAACCCAAACUAUACCAGUUUACAUUCAUAUAAAAGCAUACAAAGCAUGACCAGGUAUAGUUUUUUUUUUUAAAAAAAAAAAAAAAAAAAAAAACUCAAUACCCUUGUCUUGUUUUGUUUUGGCUUUAUAUGUUUGUUGGGGUUUAUUUCCAUUUCUGGGGCUUUUGUAUACUGUAAAGGGGUCUGAUUUGGAUUGAGGGAUAGGAAUUUGGUGGAUAAUGACUGAUGUUUUUGUUUUGGAGUGGAUAUACAUUGUGAUAUAGACCACAUGGUAGUAGUAUUACACAUAUAUGGAAUUUUACAAUGCGAGAUUUGAAACUGUGAUUA